ACACCGUUGGAUCAUCUGAGGAACACUUGAAGAUCCAUGAACACAAAUUACUUUAAGAAUCGCCCACCCUUUCACCUAAUUUUGUUUCCACUCACGAACAUAUACACGACAUAUAUUCGUCCUACCUACUAAAGAGUUAACCAACCACUCAAUACUACUAACAGCAACUUAUUAGCAUUAAGAUGGAUGACGGCACAUACCUACAUGCAAGGCCCGAUCAGAUGCGCCAUAGUCUUUCACGAGAUUCGAGUCUACCUGAAGACCGGCGAUCUGUUCCAUCACCAUCUAACUCUGCCUAUGCGCAGGAUAUGUCAAAUACCUACGCCUCAGUAUGUCGAGAGUGUUGUUCUAAUCCCCUACAACACGAAGAGCACGGUAACUUAUUAGAUACUCAGGUUGCCCCGUUCAACAACUAUCCUGUACCAUAUGAUUCUUCGCUCCCUACACCUGUCUCUAUUGCUGGAUCCCCUUCAAUGAAUGAACGGACCGCAAAGAUCAUGCACCCGUACAACCAACACCGGGCAGGCUCGCAGCAGCCCACUCCUCCCAACACCUCAAGGUCAUGGUCAAACUACCAGAUGAACGCUCAAUGUAGCCAGGCACCAUCACCUCUCAGCUUACAGCACCCUCCCCCCGAUCUACUAGAGAUGCAUAAUUUAGAAGCUUCCCAGUCUCCUCCAGAACACGGCCACAUGGUCUCAGAACCUCCAUUUCAAUGGGGGAACUAUGGAGUAUCUACCACCGAGGCAGAGGAAAUUCCACCACACAUGACACACCCAAUGUACUCCAUGCCUGGCAUAGUGCCGACGGACUUACAUAGGCAUCAGCUCGGUCUAGGCCACCCGGGUAUGGCUCUCCCGCCUCCACCACAUAUUCCCACCCUACAGCAGCAACCGGACCCGCGAGAUCUAGCUCCUUCCAUGACGCCAAUCGACCACAUACACCCUCACUUCCAUGAAAUGCAAUAUCAGCAGACCCCACAUGUGAUCAUGGAUAUCGCCACAACGUACAGCCGGAGAAAGCCUUCCAAAUCACGGAACGGGCGAUCAGGCAGACCCCCGAAGCGACCACGUGCCUCGAACCGAGCUCUCUCGAAGCGCGACGAACUGGACUACCCGGACCCCACCAAAUCGACCACAGGCGGCGACGGCUCGGUGAACGUCAAGCCCCCUAACCGGAAUAUCACGUUAAGAGCCGACGCCCCGGAAAAGGACAGAUACAUACUGGAGCUGCGGUGUCAGAUGGACGGCGACAAGGGGAAGGGGAUAUGGGAGGAGAUCACGAAGAAAUACGAGGAGCGCUUCGGCAAGAGGCGGCAGGAGUCGCUGCAGAUGAACCUCACGCGGGCCGUGCUCAAGUACGCCGAGUGGCCUCAAGAAGAAGACGAAGCAUUACUCCGGGCCGUCGAGGAGCUCGACCGCCGGCGGUACUCGGACCUCGCGAAGCUGAUGAAGGAGAAGUACGGCGGGUGCCAGGCGUGGGAGUGGAAGGAAGGGCACAUCCUGAAGCGGCUGAUCGACCUCGGCGUCGAGGAGUUCGACCCGGAGGACGUGACGAAGAAGCCGCGGCGGAAGUCCAAGAAGGCCAUGACCAGCACCAGCACCAGCACCACCAACACCAACAAGCGGCCGUCCAGCAGCAGCGGCAACAAGCCGUCGUGGGUGGCGCCCAUGCCCUUCGAGGACCACCACCGCGCCAUCUCGUCCGAGCAGGAAAACUACAUCCUCGAGAACUUCUGCAAGGCGGAGCCCGAGUACGCGGACCCGAACGCGGCAGCUAUGCAGGGCAUCAUGGAGCAGCAGCAGCAGCAGCAGCAGUACCACCACGCGGUCCGGGGCAGCGUCGACAUGGGGGGCGGCAGAGAAGGCGCCGGGAUGCAGAGCGAGCGCGUGGCCAAGCAGGCGUGCGACCAGAUGCUGCUGCAGCAGCAGCAGCGGCGCGGCGGCUCGCAUCCUGGCAAUAACAUGUACGACGCGCUGGCGACGAUGGGCGACGGCCACCGCCCGAUGUGAUUGCUACCUACCUAUAGAUAUCUUUCACGUGGUUUUUUUCCUUUGCCUACCUAUUUUCAUGUUCAAAUUUUUUCUUC